CUGGAAUCGGAUGGAUAAAGGCGAUCGCGCUUUAACGGAGAAGCAUUGAAAUCGUGUGCUGUAACCCAUUCUCCAAAACGGUUACAAAUUAUUUUAGAGGGGUAUGCUUUUGGAAAAGAUUUAGCCCUAUCUGGUGCUGGGUUACAGAGGUGCGCGUAAUGUUCAUAAUUUUGUCUGAUCAGAUGGAAAUGUUUUAUCGCUGCUUGUAAAACUUCAACUCGUUUUCGGAGGACCCUUUUAUCAUUUUUUUUGUACAAACCGAAGAAGAGGAGAGACCGGUGACUAUCUUCUGGAUUCUGGAUUAAAUAUCGGGGGAAGUAACUGUCUCUGUGCAUAGAUACGGGUGCUCGUAUUCUCGUCUUCUCACCAGUUCCCAGGCAUCUUCAUAAGGUCCUUUUGCUGUUCUGGGAUUGAUUUGUGGAGUUUUCUUGGCUGAUUCAUUUUCCCAUGAUGUCAAGCAAAGAGGCACUGAGUUUGAAGAGGACAGAAGAAUAGAACCACACUUGCAGGACUGCCAGACACGUGAAUCAAUGCCAAGUCCUUGUCCUCUUCAGACAGCCUAGCGAAGGUGCAGGAGGUAGCAAGCUGGCUUUUGGAAAUGAACCAGGAUCUGCUGUCGGGGGGCAGCGGCAGCAGGGAGGCCCAGCAGCAGAGGCCGAGACCGGGGGCAGCAGCAGCAGGUAACAGCACACCCCAGCCCCAGGCAGAGCACAUGAAUCAGGUGCUUGAGGAGCAUGGGCAGGAGGCGCAGCCACAAAGGAGGGAGCAGGGCGAGGAGGACGCUGAAAGAGAGCGACCGAGGGAGGGAGAGGAGGAACCAUGGCCUUCUGGAGGCGAGGAAGGGCAGAGGAGCGAGGUGAAUGGAGCAGAGAAGGGCGCCCAGUGGAUGUGGGAACAGGAGCAGCGACGAAACCGCAGGCGGCAUCAUGAGGAAGAGGAUAAUGAGGUGGAGGACAAUAACAACAGUGGAAGAGAGGAGCAGGUCGGGGCAGGACUUCGUUCUGAGGAAGAAGAGGAUGGGGAGGAAAUGGACCAGGACAGUGAUGAGUUUGAGCACUCAGAAGAGAGCGGAAGGGAAGUGGAGGAGGAUGAGGAAGGCGAGGAGGAGGAAGGCGAGGAUGGCCUCCACUCUCUCUCCAUUAGGACCAGUGUGUCGGACCUUAAUGAUAACACAGACCAGUCCUCUGGACGACAGCACCAAAGCUCACACUCUGUCUUCAAGAAUAAGAUGAAGAGAAAGUUGGACCAUGGCCCUGAGGUUCGAUCUUUCCCUUCAGGAAAGAAGCCCUGUCCAAGUCCCACCAGACUGCCAUACCCAGCCACCCCCACCACAUUUGGGGACUUGCGAGCGGCCAAUGGGCAGGGUCAACAGAGGCGGCGUAUCACGUCCAUCCAGCCUCCAACGGGCCUGCAGGAGUGGCUCCGCACCUUUCAGAGCUGGAGCGGCCCAGAGAAACUGCUAGCGCUGGAUGAGUUGAUUGACAGCUGUGAGCCCACGCAGGUGAAACACAUGAUGCAGGUUAUCGAACCGCAAUUUCAGAGAGACUUCAUCUCUCUGCUGCCUAGAGAGCUGGCCUUACAUGUGUUGUCAUUUCUUGAGCCAAAGGAUCUUCUUCAAGCAGCUCAAACGUGUCGUUACUGGCGCAUUCUUGCAGAAGACAACCUGCUCUGGAGGGAAAAGUGCAAAGAAGAAGGUAUUGAUGAGCCCUUGCACAUAAAGAGAAGGAAAGUUAUCAAGCCAGGGUUCACCCACAGUCCCUGGAAGAGUGCCUAUAUCAGACAACACAGAAUAGACACCAACUGGAGGAGAGGGGACCUCAAAUCACCUAAGGUGUUGAAAGGCCAUGAUGACCAUGUCAUCACCUGCCUCCAGUUCUGUGGAAACCGCAUAGUGAGUGGCUCAGACGACAACACGCUCAAAGUCUGGUCUGCUGUCACUGGAAAGUGUUUGCGGACAUUAGUGGGCCACACAGGUGGUGUCUGGUCCUCUCAAAUGAGAGACAACAUCAUUAUCAGUGGUUCCACAGACCGAACGCUGAAGGUCUGGAAUGCAGAGACGGGAGAAUGUAUCCACACGCUGUAUGGUCAUACCUCAACAGUGCGCUGUAUGCACCUGCAUGAAAAAAGGGUGGUGAGCGGUUCUCGGGAUGCCACACUGCGGGUUUGGGACAUCGAGACGGGUCAGUGUUUGCACGUGCUCAUGGGUCAUGUUGCAGCCGUGCGCUGCGUACAGUAUGAUGGUCGUAGGGUGGUCAGUGGGGCCUAUGACUUCAUGGUGAAAGUGUGGGACCCUGAAACCGAGACUUGCCUACACACACUCCAGGGUCACACCAAUAGAGUGUACUCGCUACAGUUUGACGGCAUCCACGUGGUGAGCGGUUCGUUGGACACGUCGAUUCGAGUGUGGGAUGUAGAGACAGGAAACUGUAUUCACACACUCACAGGUCAUCAGUCUCUCACCAGCGGCAUGGAGCUCAAAGAUAAUAUCCUGGUCUCUGGAAACGCAGACUCCACUGUCAAGAUCUGGGACAUCAAAACGGGCCAGUGCCUACAGACACUGCAAGGUCCCCACAAGCACCAGAGUGCAGUGACAUGCCUGCAGUUCAACAAGAAUUUUGUCAUCACCAGCUCUGAUGAUGGUACGGUGAAGUUGUGGGACCUGCGGACGGGCGAGUUCAUCCGUAACCUGGUGACACUGGAGAGCGGCGGCAGUGGCGGCGUGGUCUGGCGCAUUCGUGCCUCAAAUACCAAACUCGUCUGUGCGGUCGGCAGCCGUAAUGGCACGGAGGAAACCAAGCUUCUGGUGCUGGACUUCGAUGUGGACAUGAAGUGAGCCAAGCAAAGGGGGGUAAACUGAGGGGACACUAUGUUUGGAAAUGGGGAGAGGAAGAGCAACCUGCUUUGGGCCUCUUUGAUGAGCCCCACGCCAGGACCGAUUCAUUGCAUCUCCACCUCCCCAAUAAGUUGUCGCCAACAUCUCACCCUGUCGUGCCAUGCCGUGUUCAUGGCGUACUCCCUACGACUGCGUUCACCUUAAGAAGAGGGGGGGGGGCAGACCCUCAUGCACCACAGCAUUCUGGGAAGGGGAGGAAACUGACUAGAAUGUCUUCAGAAGACAGGACUGAGCUUGCAAGGUGACCUUGCACAGUGACUUAACUCAAGCCUGACUGAAACUCACACCCAGAUGUACAAAAGUUUUUUUUAUCAAAACAAGUCAACACUGUAUACAUGAGACAUGGAGUGCUAAAUAGUGUAUACAAAAAGUACAAAUACAAUUUUAAUGGAGAAUGAUAUGAAAAGUGCUUAGUACUGCGGGAGUAAUUAGAAAGAGAGAGACAAAGGAAGCCAGUUUUGUCAGUCCUCAUAAACCUCAGCACAUGCCAAAUAUCCCUUUCUUCCUUAUACGUUGUUGUUUUUUUUUUGUUUUUUUUUGAGUUUCGUUGUUUUUGCUUCGUUGAUUGUCACAUCAACGGCUGUGAAAUCAAGUUAUGCGUUCUUUUCAAGUUUUGCAUUUUAUUUUCACUUCUGCCUACUGUUGCAAACAACAAGUCUCAGUAUUAAGCUAAACCCACUCUGCUGUUUCACACAUUUUGGGGGUUUUAUUUUGGAAAUAUUUUAUUUUUUUUGUACUCCAUAAGCAGUGCCUCUCCAGAUUCUGAGAUGACCUGCUUUCCUUAUUUUUUUCAACCAGUCUGAUCUCGUUAGUUCAUAAGUUCUGGCACUCUAUGGGAAAUGGGAAUUGUUGUCCCAUAAACUCCUGGGAAUAUGUGUCCCCACCCUUUCCCAGUACUGUCCAUCCCAGUGGCCAAACUGGAUUUUAUGCUGCUAGACACACUGAAAAAUAAGAUGGAACUUUAACUGGCUGUGACGUUUUAGUCCCAGACUAAAUUCGAAAAAAGUUACUUGUAGAGUUUGAACUUGUAAAAAUGACAAACAUACACACCAACAAAAGCAAGAUAUUGACAGCUUCUCUUUUUUUGCCACUGAGGCUUGAGCCAAAUGUGCCUCUACGAGGCGUAGAGGAGGGAGAAUGUAUGAAAAAGAGACAAGUUUGCCAGCUAAGAUUAAACGAUGGACGAGUAAAAACUAUUUUGCGUUUGCGAGCAUGACUGAGUGUGUGUGCGGGUGUGUGUCUGAGCAAAUUGUUCACACAUUCCUUGGGACAAAAGCUCUGCCAGCCUGUUCUGUGUGGAAAUAUAUGCUUUGACAACAAAGAAUACAGUUCUUGUUUUUAAUUAGUUGAAAAAGGAGAUUGUUGGAACCAACAUAAAGUUACAGAUGUAAAGAACAUUGUCAAGUUCAUGCAGAAAAAAAGGUGGUCUUAGUGUACAGAAAUUGACAUCUGAUUACGUUUUAAGUGCUAGAGCUAACCUGGUCUCCAUUGGUGAUGCUCUCAUUUCUUUAAACGGUAAAGCGCUUCAUAGAUUAACAUGACGUAACCUCAUCAGUAGCCAAACAAUGCGUCUCAUCCUCCAAGUCACACAACUGAACUGUGAAAGUGGUUUAACACUGUAUAUUAAAAACAAUCUUGUUCUUUCACCCCCCCCAUCCCCCUUUUUUUGUUCCUGUUUAAUUUAUGAUCUGGUUUGAGAAAUCAGAUGUUGGAUUUUUUAUUUUUAUUUUUUUCAGUUAUGUAACUGCCUGGCAUAACAGACAGAUAAAAAAAGAAACCUUAAAGGGAUUGUGUAUUUGUUUAAUUCAUUUAGAAUUUUUAUUUUCUUAUAACUUAAGUGCAAUAAAAUGUGGGGUUUUCUUUUUCAUUUCAAGAAUUUUGGUUGUCUGUGUUCCUCACUGUGUGAAAGUGUUAUGUGUCCAAUAAAACUACAGAUUAUUCUGCCU